AUGUCUGGUAUUGUUUAUCCGUGCGCAGCUUGUAAGAUUCAAAGAAGAAAAUGUGAAGAUAAAUGUGUGCUUGCUCCUUAUUUUCUCCCAAAUGAUCCUGAGAAAUUUGCAGCAAUACACAAGUUAUUUAUUAGGAAUAAACUAGUGAAAAUAUGGAUAUCCUGCACAGCUUGUAAGAUUCAAAGAAGAAAAUGUGGAGAUAAAUGCAUGCUUGCUCCUUAUUUUCUGCCAAAUGAUCCUGAGAAAUUUGUAGCAGUACACAAGUUAUUCAGAACAAGCAAAAUUGUCAAAACCCUACAGAGUAUUCCGAAUGAAAAGAGAGCAGAUUAUGUAGCAAGCGUGGUGUAUGAAGCAAAUGCUAGAAUGAAUGAUUCAAUCUACGGUUCUGCUGGCGCAGUUUGUCAACUGGAGAAGCAAAUUUCAUGCCUUCAAUCGCAACUGGCAGCUGCGAAAGCAGAUCUGCUCAAUGCACAGGCUAAUCUUGUGUCUCCGGUGACUGGAUUUCAUUAUGGCGGUGAAGCGGGAAAUACAUUCCUACAGAAUAAGGAUGACCUAAAUUUUUUGCAAGAAGAUACUGCAAAACUUUGA